AUGGCGGCGUCCGCGGCGCUGAUCCUGCGGGAGAGCCCCAGCAUGAAAAAAGCAGUGUCCUUGAUAAAUGAAAUAGAUAUAGGAAGAUUUCCACGACUGCUCACCCGAAUUCUUCAAAAACUUCACCUGAAGGCUGAAAGUAGUUUCAGUGAAGAAGAGGAAGAAAAACUUCAAGUUGCAUUUUCUCUAGAGAAACAAGAUCUUCACCUAGUUCUUGAAACAAUAUCAUUCAUUUUAGAACAGGCAGUGUAUCACAACGUGAAGCCAGCCGCUUUGCAGCAGCAGUUGGAGAACAUUCAUCUUAGACAAGACAAAGCAGAAGCUUUUGCCAGUGCUUGGUCUUCUAUGGGUCAAGAAACAAUUGAAAAAUUCAGGCAGAGGAUUCUUGCUCCCCACAAGCUCGAGACGGUCGGAUGGCAGCUUAACCUUCAGAUGGCUCACUCUGCCGAAGCAAAACUAAAAUCUCCUCAAGCUGUGCUGCAGCUCGGAGUGAGCAAUGAAGAUUCGAAGAGCCUGCAGAAAGUUCUUGUGGAAUUCAGUCACAAGGAAUUGUUUGAUUUCUAUAACAAGAGACCAUACAAGCACAGCUGGAUUCCCUUACAUGAUGUUCUUGAAGACUGGUUUCUCUAUCACACUUCUGCCACCUCCUUAUUUUGCUUUGAAGAUUAA